AUGUCUCAACAACAAGUUAACAUUGCUGAUCUUGAUUUGUCUUCUUUGCAACAAGUCAAAACACAAUUGGAAGAGGAAUUAAGCCAUCUGACUCAAUCUUACAGCAAGCUCAAGAGUGUUCAAGGAAGAUUCACCGACUGUGCUGAUAGCGUUGAUUCAUUGAAAGCCGAGAAAGCUGAUGACAAGACUAUUCUUGUCAUUGUGGAUGUCGGUACAGGCUAUUACAUUGAAAAGUCGGUGUCAGAUGCCUCCAAGUUCUACAAUGACAAGGUUGGCUAUGUUAAAAAGAACCUCGGCACACUUGAAAAGACCAUUACAGAUAAACAAAGCACGCUGAGAGCCAUUGUCAAUGUCAUGCAAGACAAGAUUCAACAAGACCAAAAGUAA